AUGUUUAUUUUUGUUGUAUUGUUGUAUAUGGUCCUACUGCGGAAUGCUGCUAAGAUCGCAGCAUGUGUUUCUGGUGGUUGUGCGUUAGCGGCGAAACUUCGAGAUGAUGAAACCUUUCGAAAAGUAUACGCGUUCACUGGAGGAGACCGAAAAAAUUUCGACGAACAUUUUCCGCGUGGCACUUGGGAUGACAACUGGGACUUCCGAUCUCCUGCCUUCCUACUGAACACUAAAAAGUACGCUGACGCUUCGGAUGAAGAGAAGAAGAAAAUGGCUGAGGAGGUGAAGGCUAAGGCUACUCGAAAUAUUAUUCUUAUUCGACAUGGUCAAUACCAUCUAGAUGGAGAUAGGAAAAAUCUUACCCCAUUAGGAAGGGAGCAGGCCGCUUUCCUUGGAAAACGUUUGGCUGAAUCAGGAAUGAAGUUCGACAGUCUUGUAAUGUCUACGAUGCCGAGGGCUACAGAAACCGCAGAGAUUAUUUUAGAACAUAUGCCGACAUUGAAAAGGUCAACAUGCUCACUCAUCGAAGAAGGUCCUCCAUAUCCUCCAGUGCCUCCUGUUGACCACUGGAAGCCGCAGUACUCCGAGUUCUUCGCCGAGGGUGCCAGAAUCGAAUCAGCGUUCCGCAGACAUAUUCACCGUGCUCCUCCUUCGCAAAAAGAAGAUUCUUACGAGAUUUUUGUUUGUCACGCCAAUGUUAUUCGAUACUUCAUAUGUCGAGCUCUUCAAUUCCCUCCAGAGGGAUGGCUGCGAAUGUCUCUUGGAAACUGCAGCAUAUCCUGGCUGGUGAUCCGACCAUCGGGUCGCGUCAGUCUUCGUAGCCUCGGUGAUAUUGGUCAUUUGCCUCCUUCUAAAGUGUCAUUCACAUAA